UGACUCCCGCCAUGUAUAUUGUGUGCUGCAGUACCCGCGUGGGACCGAGGGGGGCGCUGUGCACUCAGCCUCCAGACACACAGCACUGACUGAGCUGCACGGACAGAGAGCUUUGUGCCGAAAACUAAACCAACCUGUGUCAGACUAAUGAAUUAAAACGGGCCACUUGAGAGAGGCCAGUAGAAGACCGUGUGGACCACACAUCAACAAGCAUGGAGUUCCCGCAACAGCAGAAACCGGCGGGGGACGGAAAGAUCACCUAUCCGCCCGGAGUGAAGGAGAUUACCGACAAAAUCAGCAACGAUGAAAUGGUCAAACGGUUGAAGAUGGUGGUGAAGACCUACAUGGACAUGGACCAAGACUCCGAGGAGGAGAAGCAGCAGUAUCUCGCCCUGGCGCUCCACCUCGCCUCCGAGUUCUUCCUCAGGAACCCCAACAAAGACGUCAGGCUACUGGUGGCCUGCUGCCUGGCUGACAUCUUCAGGAUCUACGCCCCCGAGGCCCCCUACACCUCCCAUGACAAACUCAAGGACAUUUUCCUGUUUAUCACCAGACAGCUAAAGGGACUGGAAGACACUAAGAGCCCUCAGUUCAACAGAUACUUCUACCUGCUGGAGAACCUGGCGUGGGUGAAGUCGUACAACAUAUGCUUUGAACUGGAGGACUGCAACGAGAUCUUUAUCCAGCUUUUCAAAACACUCUUCUCAGUCAUAAACAACAGCCAUAAUCAGAAGGUGCAGAUGCACAUGAUAGACCUGAUGAGCUCCAUAAUCAUGGAGGGUGACGGAGUCACACAAGAGCUGUUGGACACCAUCCUCAUUAAUCUCAUCCCUGCACACAAGAAUCUGAACAAGCAGGCGUACGAUCUUGCAAAGACUCUGCUGAAGAGGACGGUCCAGACCAUCGAGACGUGCAUCGCAAACUUCUUCAAUCAGGUGUUAGUAAUGGGCAAGUCGUCGGUCAGCGACCUGUCGGAGCACGUCUUCGACCUCAUCCAGGAACUGUUCACCAUCGACCCCAUGCUGCUUACUUCUGUCAUGCCACAGCUGGAAUUCAAACUCAAGAGCAACGACGGCGAGGAGCGUCUAGCUGUUGUCCGGUUGCUGGCAAAGCUGUUUGGGGCCAAAGACUCUGAGCUGGCGUCCCAGAACCGACCGCUGUGGCAGUGCUUCUUAGGGCGGUUCAACGACAUCCAUGUUCCCGUCCGGCUAGAGUGUGUUAAGUUCGCUAGCCACUGCCUCAUGAACCACCCAGACCUGGCCAAAGACUUGACAGAGUAUUUGAAAGUGCGCUCGCACGACCCAGAGGAAGCUAUCCGCCACGAUGUCAUUGUGACCAUUAUCAACGCCGGGAAAAAGGAUCUCAACUUGGUCAAUGACCAGCUGUUGGGCUUCGUACGAGAGAGGACCUUAGACAAGAGGUGGCGUGUGCGUAAAGAGGCCAUGAUGGGCCUCGCUCAGCUUUUUAAGAAGUACUGCCUGCACUACGAGGCGGGGAAGGAGUCAGCCCAGAAGAUCAGCUGGAUCAAAGACAAACUACUGCACAUCUACUAUCAGAACAGCAUUGACGACAAGUUAUUAGUCGAGAAGAUCUUCGCUCAGUACAUGGUUCCUCACAGUCUUGACACGGAGGAGAAGAUGAAGUGUCUGUACUACUUGUACGCCUGCCUGGACACCAACGCUGUCAAGGCCCUGAAUGAGAUGUGGAAGUGUCAGAACAUGCUCAGAAGCCUGGUCAAAGAGCUGCUCGACCUCCACAAGCUGCCAGUGUCCGAGGCGAAUAACACGGCCAUGUUUGGGAAGCUGAUGAGUGUCGCCAAGAACCUCCCAGACGCCGGAAAGGCCCAGGACUUUAUGAAGAAGUUCAACCAGGUUUUGGGUGAAGACGAGAAGCUCCGAGUCCAGCUGGAGGUGCUCAUCAGCCCGACAUGCUCCUGCAAACAGGCCGAGAUCUGUGUGAGGGAGAUCACACGAAAGUUGACGUUCCCCAAACAGCCCACCAACCCGUUCCUGGAGAUGGUUAAGUUCCUGCUGGAGCGCAUCGCCCCCGUCCACAUCGACUCGGAGGCCAUCAGUGCUCUGGUGAAGCUGCUUAACAAGUCCAUUGAGGGCACCGCUGACGACGACGAGGAGGGCGUUACCCCCGAUACAGCCAUCCGCUCCGGGCUGGAGCUCCUUAAGGUCUUAUCGUUCACACACCCAACAGCGUUCCACUCCGCAGAAACCUACGAGUCUCUGCUGCAGUGUUUGAAGAUGGAGGACGAGAAAGUGGCGGAGGCAGCCAUCCAGAUAUUCAGAAACACGGGACAGAAGAUUGAGACGGAGCUACAACAGAUACGAUCGACUCUGAUUCCCGUCCUGCAUCAGAAAGCCAAGCGGGGAACGCCCCACCAGGCCAAGCAGGCGGUCCACUGCAUCCACGCCAUCUUUAACAACAAGGAGGUGCAGCUGGCACAGAUUUUUGAGCCUCUGUCACGUAGUCUGAACGCAGACGUCCCAGAGCAGCUCAUCACUCCCCUCGUGUCCCUGGGUCACAUCUCCAUGCUGGCACCAGAUCAGUUUGCUUCGCCCAUGAAGUCCAUCGUGGCCAAUUUCAUCGUCAAGGACUUGCUCAUGAAUGACCGGUCAGUGGGAAACAAGAAUGGGAAGCUGUGGACCACGGAUGAGGAAGUUUCACCCGAGGUCCUAGCUAAGGUGCAGGCCAUCAAGCUGCUCGUGCGCUGGUUACUAGGAAUGAAGAACAACCAAUCCAAGUCGGCGAACUCCACUCUGCGCCUGCUGUCGGCAAUGCUGGUCAGCGAGGGCGACCUCACAGAGCAGAAGAAGAUCAGCAAGUCGGACAUGUCCCGCCUGAGGCUGGCUGCAGGCGGAGCCAUCAUGAAGUUGGCCCAGGAGCCGUGUUACCACGACAUCAUCACACCCGAACAGUUUCAACUCUGCGGCCUCGUAAUCAACGACGAGUGCUACCAGGUCCGUCAGAUCUUCGCGCAGAAGUUGCACCUGGCUCUCGCCAAGCUGAUGCUGCCCCUGGAGUACCUCGCCGUCUUCGCCCUGUGCGCCAAGGAUCCGGUGAAGGAGCGCCGCGCGCACGCCCGACAGUGCCUCCUCAAGAACAUUUCAGUCCGAAGGGAGUACAUCAAACAGAACCCACUCGCUCAGGAAAAACUUGUCUCCCUCCUUCCUGAAUAUGUCGUCCCAUAUAUGAUCCACCUGCUGGCCCACGACCCGGACUUCACAAAACCGCAUGAAUAUGAACAGCUUAAAGACAUUAAAGAGUGUCUGUGGUUCAUGCUGGAAGUUCUGAUGACCAAGAAUGAGAACAACAGCCAUGCGUUCCUAAGGAAGAUGGUGGAGAACAUCAAACAGACCAAGGAUGCACAGUGUCCCGAGGACGCCAAAGCCAACGAGAAACUGUAUAUAGUCUGCGAUGUGGCUCUCUUCGUCAUCGCCAAUAAGAGCACUGCGUGUCACCUGGACUCCCCUAAAGACCCGGUCCUGCCCUCCAAGUUCUUCCUCGUACAGGACAAGGACUUUAAAAAUGAUAAAGAGUAUCUGUCGACGGAGAUGAGACAAGUGCUGCUCACUGGAAAGCCUAAACCUGCUCCGGUGUUGGGAGCUGUGAACAAGCCUCUGACGGUACCGGGGAGGAGGAUCUUCACGAAGACCCCCACGGGCUCCGACACAGCCAGUAACACCAGCACCAACUCCUCCCCCCUGAACAGCUCCACUAUCAACAAGAACAGCAACGCCGUCACCGAGUCGUCAGCGCAGGAAAACAAUGAGAACCCGGUCAUCCAGCACGAUGUGGGGAAGAAGGAGGAGCCGAGUCAGAACGUGACCCCCGGCGGCGACACCGCGGCGUCGCCCGUCAAGCGGCGCGGCCGCCAACCCAAGUCCGCCACCGCCGCUCCCGUCGAGAAAGAGGUGGCGCCGGCCGCGGCGAGCCGCGGCAGGAAGAGGGCGGCCGACCCCAAUCCCAACCCGCCGGCGGACUCCAUCAACAUCAAGAUGUCGAAACAGCAGCAGCAGCAGAACGACGAAGGGACAAAGAGACAGAUUGACUUGCAGAGGUAAGGAGGAAGCCGGCGAAGGUGAAACGAAGACUAGAGAGAAUCGGGCCAGACUCUUCCUCAUAUCUCCCCCGCCCUCCGUACACGCGCCUCGGACUCUAAAGCUUUCCUGGACACAUUAUGGACCUUACUUAAAACACACACACACACACGAACCACUGACAUCCUAGAAGGUUUUAAACACCUUAGUCACGAUUUGAAGCUCAUUGUAUGUAGGUCUUACAAAAAAAACAUGUUAUUUUUUUGCCUUUCGUUUGUUGCUCUUUGCUUCUUUUGUGGAGCUAUUUUUAAGAAAACAAAAACAGGAUGGACAUUUUACAAACGUUUUAAUCUGGUUAUGAUUGUUGCUUAUUAAAUUCCCUGGGAAAAAAAUCCUA